ACAAACGUACUUUGCGAUGGUCGUACAUUGCGUGCAAAUCGCGAACGUUAUUAGCGUGUACUUGAACCUAUCGCAGAUUAAUCGCAGCGUCCGCAAAGAUGGCCGUCGCAUUACAUAUUAUCCGACAUAAUGAACGCAGAGCAAUGCGGAGGGAGAGAGUGUUUAGAGACAGGACCAAUAUCAUGGACAGUUUGAAUGAUAUUGAACUGAUAUCAAGAUAUCGCUUAGAUAGGCGGAGUAUUUUCGACUUGGUAGAUGUACUUGCACCUCAUUUAGAGAGGCCAACCCUUAGAAACUUCGCCAUUCCCCCUUUGCAUCAAGUUUUGACAACUUUAAGGUACUAUGCAAAGGGGGGAUUCCUGUCCGAGAUAGGGGACAUCCAUGGUAUAAGCCGGUCUUCUGUAAGCAGGAUAAUAUCGUCAGUUACCACUUCUUUGGUUUCUUCUCUCAUAUACAAAAUAAAAUUCCCACUUGACCAGCCUUCUUUAAGAGAAAUAAAGCAGGAUUUUCAUAAUAUGUCUGGAAUGCCAAAUGUUGUUGGGGCAGUUGAUGGAACUUUGAUUCCAAUAAUAAGACCAAGUGAGGAUGAACAGAUAUUUGUGUGCAGAAAAAAUUACCACAGCUUAAAUGUGCAAGCCAUUUGUGAUGCCAAGAUGAAAUUUACCAAUGUAGUUGCAAAAUGGCCUGGAAACACACAUGACAGCUUCAUAAUGCAGAAUUGCUCUUUAAGUGAAAAAUUCGAGAACAAGCAGAUAGACGGCUGGCUUUUGGGUGAUUCAGGAUAUCCCCUGAAACCAUGGCUGUUGACACCCUUCUUAAAUCCAUCAUCAAAUGGAGAAGAACAAUACAACAGAUGUCAUAAAAGUACCAGGAAUGUAAUUGAGAGAGCCUUUGGACUUCUGAAAUCCAGGUUCAGGUGCUUACACAAAACCACAGGAUGCCUACACUUCAUCCCAAAAAAGUUUACCAACAUUGUUGUAGCAUGCUUCAUACUUCACAACAUUUGCAUAGACAAGUCUAUUCCACAGCUGGAUGAACUACUGGAAGAUGACAAUCACGAGAAUGACCAUGAGCAACCAGAGGUUUUCAAUGUUUUCCCUGAUGGUUUUAACACACGUGCCUCCCUUGUGAGACAAAGGUUCAACUGA